AUGUUGCAGCAAAUCCAACAAAAAAACCAACUUUUAAGGCAAGAGAACAUAGACUUUCACAACGAACUCGACCAAAUUCAGUCACAAGAAGGGACAUAUACCCAUCCAAGGGAGCCUAAGGUUAGCUUGCCUGACAAAUUUGAUAGGACAUGCUCCAAGUUUAGAGGGUUCCUAAACCAAAUACGGCUUGUUAUCCGCCUACAGCCCAGCCGCUAUCCUGAUGAUAGGACUCAAGUGGGUUUGCUUGGCAGUUUGCUAACAGGCUCAGCACUGGCAUGGUUCACCCCACUCCUUGAACAACAAUCAUCAUUGCUGGACGAUUUUAAUAGUUUCGUUGAAGAGUUCGAAGCUACCUUUGAGAACUUAGAAAAGGUUAGAACAGCAGCUAAUAGAAUCAGAAAACUCACCCAAAGAUCCAAAUUAGCCUUAAGCUACACUUCAGAGUUCUGUCAAAUCUCCAGUAACCUGAAUUGGGGCGAAGCAGCAUUAAUCGACCAAUUGUUUGAGUGUCGUCGUGAGCGACAAGGUCACAUGAUUGAACAGGGAGAUUUAGUAUCCAGUUUCAGUAGGCCCAGUUUGCCCCUGGAGCCAAUGCAAAUCGACUCAACAAGGACGAAAACACUUCCAGAAGAAGAAAAGCAGAGACGCCGGGCUAACAACCUCUGUUUAUACUGCGGCGAACCUGAACACAUAGCCAAGAAUUGUCCACGGAAAGCUAACGUCAAGUACCGAAUCGACGCUGCUAAAACAACCUUAGAUGUCAAUGCAUUAAUUGAUUCUGGUACCUCAGCUUGCUUUCUUGACUAUACGUUAGCACAUAAACAUGACCUACCUAUCAGCAAAAAGAGCACACCACUAUCAGUAAAAGACCAUUAUGAAGAAAUUACAUUUAAUCUGAUUCAAACCUCACAUCAUCAAGCCAUCCUAGGGUUACCAUGGUUAACUCACCACAAUCCCAACAUUAAUUGGCAUGAGCCCUCUGUAAAAAGGGAUCCUGGCACCGGCACACUAGCACUCCCCAUAAAAUAUAGCGACUUUAGUGAUGUCUUUGAUGAGAAAGAGGCAAAUAGGUUACCAAAGCACAGGCUCUAUAACUGUGCAAUAGACCUAGUACCUGGAAAGCAGCCACUAUGGGCGCCUAUAUAUGAGCUGUCAGAAUUAGAACUAGGAACAUUAAAAAAGUAUAUAGAAGAAAACCUGGAUAAAGGAUAUAUCAGACACUCUAAGUCACCCGUCAGAGCCCCUAUAUUGUUUGUAAAAAAGAAGAAUGGGUUGUUGAGGCUAUGUGUUGACUACCGGGGCCUAAACCAAGUCACUAUAAAAAAUAGGUACCCACUUUUCCUUAUCUCAGAGCUACUGUACUGUCUAUCUUCGGCCCGAAUCUUUACAAAAAUAGAUUUGAGAAGUGCUUACAAUCUAGUUAGAAUCAAGCCAGAUGACGAAUAG